GUGGCGCCUAUGGGGCGGGCUGCGGGAGGGCCGCGGGAGUUGGUGUUGGCGACCGUGACCACGGUCUCCUGGCGUUGCCGGGCCGGGGUGGGUGUGGGGGCCCCUGACACCACCGACUCCGCGCCAUUGCAAAGCUGCGCGCUCGGGCUCCACGGGCGCCCUGCGAGGUGGGCGCUGCGUUCUCGUUUCACGGGCGAGGAGGCUUGGGCAGAGAGACGAAGCCAUUUGUCCAAGGUCAUGCAGCUGGGUCUCCACCCAACUCCAUGCUUCGAGUCCUGCUCUCUGCCCAGGCCUCUGCUGCUCGGCUGUCUGGCCUGCUGCUGCUCCCGCCAGUACAGCCCUGCUGUCUGGGGCCCAGCAAGUGGGGGGACCGGCCUCCUGGAGGAGGCCUCCAUGCAGGCCCUGUGCAGGGGCUACAGCGGCUUCUGGAACAGGCGAGGAGCCCUGGGGAGCUGCUGCGUUGGCUGGGCCAGAACCCCACCAAGGUGCGCGCCCAUCACUACCCUGUGGCACUUCGUCGUCUGGGUCAGCUCUUGGGGUCCCAGCCACGACCCCCUCCCGUGGAGCAGGCCACACUGCAGGACUUGAGUCAACUCAUCAUCCGAAACUGCCCCUCCUUUGAUCCUCACACCGUCCACGUGUGUCUGCACCUUGCAGUCUUACUUGGCUUCCCGUCAGAUGGGCCCCUGAUGUGUGCCCUGGAGCAGGAGAGAAGGUUCCGCCUCCCUCCGAAGCCACCUCCCACUCUGCAACCCGACCUGUGCGGCGGGCAAAGGUUGGAAGCUGCUCUGAGCUGCCCUCGUCUCCUGAGGCGUCCCCGACAGCAUCUCAUCCGCAGCCUGGCAGAGGCCAGGCCGGAGGAACUGACUCCCAACGUGAUGGUGCUCCUGGCCCAGCACCUGGCCCGGCACCGGUUGCGGGAGCCCCAGCUUCUGGAAGCCAUUGCCCACUUCCUGGUGGUCCAGGAAACCCAGCUCAGCAGCAAGGUGGUGCAGAAGUUGGUCCUGCCCUUUGGGCGGCUGAACUACUUGCCCCUGGAACAGCAGUUUAUGCCCUGCCUUGAGAGGAUCCUGGCUCGGGAAGCAGGGGUGGCUCCCCUGGCUACUGUCAACAUCUUGAUGUCACUGUGCCAGCUGCGGUGCCUGCCCCUCAGGGCCCUGCACUUUGUCUUUUCCCCAAGUUUCAUCAACCACAUCAGCGGCACCCCUCACGCCCUGAUUGUGCGGCGCUACCUCUCCCUGCUAGACACGGCUGUGGAGCUGGAGCUUCCGGGAUACCGGGGUCCCCGCCUUCCCCGAAGGCAGCAAGUGCCCAUCUUCCCCCAGCCACUCAUCACUGACCGUGCCCGCUGCAAGUACAGUCACAAGGAUAUAGUGGCAGAGGGGCUGCGCCAGCUGCUGGGGGAAGAGAAGUACCGACAGGACCUGACCGUGCCUCCAGGCUACUGCACAGACUUCCUGCUGUGUGUCAGCAGCUCUGGUGCUGUGCUUCCCGUGAGGACCCAGGACCCCUUCUUACCCUACCCUCCCAGGUCCUGUGCCCAGGGCCAGGCUGCCUCCCAGUCCACUACCCACGACCCUGCCCAGAGGGUGGUGCUCAUGCUGCGGGAACGUUGGCAUUUCUGCCGCGAUGGCCGAGUGCUGCUGGGCUCCCGGGCCCUACGGGAGCGGCACCUGGGCCUGCUGGGCUACCAGCUCCUGCCGCUACCCUUCGAGGAACUGGAGUCACAGAGAGGCCUGCCCCAGCUCAAGAGCUACCUGAGGCAGAAGCUCCAGGCCUUGGGCCUCCGCUGGGGGCCUGAAGGGGGGUGAGGGGCGUGCACAUGGGGCUCAGGAUGACCCCCCCAAUAGGGGGGUGGACAGUUUGCACUUUGGCUCUCUAUAUUUUGGUUUCUCAUUAAAGUCCCUUUCCUUCCCCA